CAUUUCAACUUCUUCAUCCUUCAUUGUAAACAAAUAACAUUUCAACAUACAUCUAGAGAGAGAAAUGGCGAAUCUUGAAGCUCUUACCUUUGCACUGGUUGCAUUAUUUUCAUUUUUGUUAUGGAGGGUGUUAUAUUCCUGUUGGGUUUUACCCAUUAGGGCUUACAGAAAGCUCGCCAUUAAUGGCUUUUCUGGUCCACCUCCAAGCUUCCCGUUAGGUAACAUUGUCGAGAUGAAGAAGACGGCAAAAAUCAAAUCUUGUUCGUCAUCUUUGACCGUAUCAAAUGAUAUUCAUUCCAGUGUUUUCCCAUACUUCGCUCAAUGGCAAAAAUCAUACGGGAAGGUGUUUAUGUACUGGCUAGGAACUGAGCCUUUUCUGUACAUUGCCGAUCCAGAGUUCUUGAAGAAAAUUUCAUCUGGUGUGAUGGGGAAAAGUUGGGGAAAGCCAAAUGUUUUCAAGUAUGACAGAAAACCGAUGUUUGGUGAUGGUUUAGUUAUGGUGGAAGGUGAUGAUUGGGUUCGUCAUCGUCAUGUUAUCACUCCUGCAUUCUCCCCUUCUAACCUUAAGGCAAUGUCAAGCAUGAUGGUGGAGACGACAAGAAGCAUGCUUGACCGCUGGACGAAUUUGAUCAACAGUGGGAAAUCAGAGAUAGAAAUAGAACAUGAAAUCGUAAGCACCGCGGGGGAAAUCAUUGCCAAAACAAGCUUUGGAAUGAAUAUCAAAAGCGGUAAAACUGUUUUCAAGAAACUAAGAACAAUGCAAGAGACACUAUUCAAAUCAAGUCGUUACGUAGGUGUCCCUUUCGGCAAAUACAUGUGUUUGGGACAAAAUCUUGAAGCCGAAAGACUUGGGAAAGAGAUAGAUGCCCUGCUGUUGUCGAUCAUCAUGGAACGCAAGAGAUCGAUGGCUGAAAAUGGAGGAGGUCAAGAACAGCAAAAUCUUUUAGGGGUUUUGCUGGCAGAAAAGCAUGUGGAUGGACAAAAAGGGAGGAAAUUGAGUAUGAGUGAGCUGGUGGAUGAAUGCAAAACCUUCUUUUUUGGUGGGCAUGAGACCACAGCGUUGGCCAUCACUUGGAGCUUAUUGCUUUUAGCGGUGCACCCCAUGUGGCAACAUGAGCUCAGAGAAGAAAUCAAACAAGUGAUUGGUGAUGAUGACAUUGAUGCAACCACGGUUGCUCGUCUAAAGAAGAUGGGGUGGGUGAUGAAUGAAGUUUUGAGAUUAUAUCCCACGGCACCAAACGUACAACGACAAGUGCGAGGUGACAUUCGAGUAGACCAAGAUUCAGUGAUCCCCGAUGGCACCAACAUAUGGAUUGAUGUAGUGGCAAUGCACCAUGAUCAUGAGUUUUGGGGUGAAGAUGUCAAUCAAUUUAAUCCUGAGCGGUUCAAGGAAGAUUUGCAUGGUGGGUGCCAAAACAAAAUGGGCUAUUUGCCUUUUGGCUUCGGAGGCCGAAUGUGCGUUGGUCGAAAUUUGAGUGCAAUGGAGUACAAGAUUGUUAUGAGCUUGAUCUUGACUAGGUUCUCGUUUUCCUUGUCCCCAAAUUACACUCAUGAUCCCUCGGUUAUGCUUUCCCUUCGGCCUAUGCAAGGGUUGCCCCUGAUUAUGAGACCCCUUUAGGUUUAUAUAUAGGUCUUACUUACCAAAAACGAAUCACUUUUCUAUUAUUAAUUGUUUUAUACUAAGAUAAGCGUAUAGUGUAAGCGUAUAUAUAUGUCGUAUGACUUGGAUAGAGUGGAUGAUCAAUCCUCGAUGCACUUGUAAUUGUCUCAUUCUUGGCCCGACUAGUUUCUUGCUAGUUGUGGUUGUCUGUUUUUUAUAUAUAUUUCUCAUGCCGCCGUUUAAAAGGUGUACGUAUAGGUAACGUUAUCAUUCUCAUAUGUUGUUAUUUCAAUAACAUACAUAUGUCAAACAAUAGUGUUUAAACAAGAAAACCGACCGAAUAGGAGGUAUAGUGUCUGAUUCUUA